AUGCUUAGUUUCUGUAAAAAUUUAACUCUGCUUCACUAUUUCCUAGGGUUUCCGAUUUCCUCUUCAGAUCAAGAUCAAAAUUCAGAUUCUGGAUUGAGUUUGAUUUCAUCUAAUUGUCAAAGACCAGAUAACGUUUUAGAAUCAGCGUUUCUCAGAUCAGCGGCAAAAGGAAACAUGGAAGCUAACGAUGAUGAUAAGAAGAUGUGUGAGAUUUUUAGUAAUGGAGGAUUUGUGGGUAAUACAUGUACCGAGAGUUUAGGUUUUGAAAGUUCAGAUCAAAUGGAAUUAGAAGGAGAUGAAGAAGAUGAGAAAAAGAUCAUGGUGGAGGAUUUAUUAUCAACAUCAAUUCUUAACGAAAGACAUAUAAGAUCAUUAGACAGAUAUAGAAGAAAACCAUCAUCGGAUAAGCUCGGCGAAGAUGAUCUUCUGAAAUCAAAGAAGAAGAAACUAGUAUUUCCACCACCCUUAUCAACAAUGAAUCAAGAAAAUGGAAAACCUAAUUCUUUUCUAAAACCAGUUAGAAAAGAUGGUAAAUUAGAAUUAAUUCAAGUUCAUAUUAUUCAUCCAAAACCGAUAUUUCAGGCUUCUAGACAAGAUGGCCGUCUCAGGUUAUAUUUCAUUGAUAAAAAAGUCGACGAAGAAAACGAAGAAAUCAAAGAAGAAGAACAAGUUAUCGAAACAAAAGAAAUUAAGGAUGAGGGGAGUCAUAGUAGUAGUAUAAGGAUAAAAGAAUUGAAGUUUCCAUUGAUGGGGACUAAUGAAGGUUUCAUGAGGUCAUGUCAUGAACUGAUUGCUAAUCAUCAUCAUCAUCACAUGAAUAGGUCAACUGUACAUGUACUUUAA